AUGUUCAACCCCCACUUUCAGAUCGAUGGAAUCAUCCCCAACGUCCAUAUUGUCUCUGCAGACAGUGUCAUUUUUCAUGUCCACCAGCAGCGGCUUCUGGCCGCCUCCACCAACGCUUUCGGCGGCUCGCUCGCAUACCCUCCACGCCUGAUCGCUGUGUCCGAGAAUUCGAGCGUACUCAACAUCGUCCUCCACGUCAUAUAUGGUAUGUCUUGCCUGCGCUUCCAGCCGCCGUUCGAGUCGACAGAGGCCGCGGUCGCCGCCCUGAUCAAGUACGGCGUGCCAGCUGCGUCCCUCGCCAACUCCCAGUCUCUCCACGAACUCUUCAUGUUUCACGCCCCCCACCGCCCAAUCGAGGUGUUCGCCCUCGCCGGCCAUUACGCCCUCGAACCGGUCGCCGUCGCCGUCUCCGCACACCUCCUCGCAUACGACCUCACCCGGAUUUCCGACGCGCUCGUCGUCAAGAUGGGCUCGGUGUACUUCAACCGGCUGUACAAGCUCCAGCAAACGCGCCUCACCGCGCUCCGCGACAUCCUCCUCCGCCGCCCGCCGACCCAUGCGCCGACCGCGACGUGCGCCGACGGAGGGCAGGAGGAGAUCGGCCGCGCGUGGGCGUUCGCGACCGCGCAGAUCGUGUGGACUGCUCUGCCAAACGUCGCCAACCUAUGCGCAGGUACCUCAAUACAAGCCCUGCAGAGCGUGUUCGAGCAGGCGGGGGCGACCAUCAACUGCUUGGACUGUCGGACGAUGCACAAUUCGCGCAUCGCGCAGAUUUCUCAGGAGUGGGCUGCAGUGAAGAGAACGAUUUGA